AUGCCAGACGCAGAGGCACAAGCGGCGCCUUACGUACAUACGAAACAGUGGAGCUCCAAGGCAUCCUGGGCCCCUCCAGCCGCCAAACCAACCGCCAGAGCUAUGGCGCUUUCAGCAGGUCCGGGGAUGCUGGUUCCUACAGCUUCAGCGCCAGUAGCGCCGCCAGCAGCACCCCAGCCAGUUCCGGCUGCAGACAACGGCAAAUGCGCGCAAUCCCUUCAAUACUCGUCUGAUACCACCAGCUACUCCAACGCCGGCUCGCCUCCCCGCCAAGCGCCAAUCGAUCUCCCAGAUCCAAUCCUCGAGGGUGACGAGACGGAAAGCGAGGGUCCCAUUGAGCCAGUUACACCCACCAGCGGCCGCCAAUCGCAAGAUUUUACCUCGCUGAGGAAUGCGCAUGACCAGGAUCAGGACGACCGCAGCAGUUUCAACACGCAGUCAGACCAAGGUGCAAAUCUGCAUCAGCAGCACCCUGCCGCCGCCGUCACAUCUGCAACCAAGGCCGCCAUCCUCUCUUCGUCUUCGCGCAAAACAGCCUCAGUCGCAGCCCUGAACCCGAUUUCAACCCUGAGACCAACCUCGAGACCAACCUCGAGACCAACCUCCAGCAGUCUCCUCUCCCCUACAACCGUACCACCCGUCUCAGUCUCAAAGCCAGGCACGGCUUCUUCUUCUUCUGAGCUUGCACGAAGCAUCAGCAACAGCAACAAAUCUAUAGAUCUGACCCCCACGUCGAGCCGACCUUCUUUCCAAGAACUCCCCCCACCAGCGCAACGCUCGGGUCGACUUUCGACUGCCAGUAUCAAGAGCACAAUGACCAACUUCUUUCGCCGCCCCGGCGCCCAAGACGCCCCGGUCUUUGAAUCCGGAUCGCCUACGCCCUCGGAGUCUUCCUAUCUGCAACGACCCCCUACGGGCGGCGCCCGCCCAACUACCCGCUCAAGUCGCUUCUCUUUUACAAGACCGUCCAACAUGACUAUCCGGUCUAGUUCACCUCCGUCUCCAGGGGCUCCGCCUCUCGAAAUGGUGCAGGCAGACAAGGUGUCUCUUGAUGAGGCCGAUCUCAAGAAGAAGAAUCGUGCAUCAACCGGAUUCAGCCUGCGGGGGCGAGCCGUCAACUUUGUCGGCACAACCGUCGGCCGCACUACCGAGCGCCCCCCUAACAAGGCGUCGCGCCGUGCCAACAGCUUUGACGCUGGAAACCGCGGGCCGGUUCCUCAUCAGCACGCCAAGAUGAAUGCCGGUGACCAGACGUACCCCCCCGAGCGACAGCCCUGGGCGAUGCCCCCCGAUGCCGGAACCGGCGCCAAGGCACGUCGCAUGAGCUUGAGCCUGCCGGACGACUUCAACGUGGAUGUCGCGGUGCUGCAGGAUGAGUUUGAGUACCAGAGCAAGCUUCUGGGCCGGCAUGGGAAGCAUCUUGGAAAGGGCGCCGCUUCCAAAGUCUCUCUCAUGGUGCGCAAGGGCUUCCCCACCGAAAUGUACGCCGUCAAGGAGUUCCGAGGCAAGUCGGGCCGGGAGAGCAAGGAGGACUACGACAAGAAGAUCAAGUCGGAAUUCAGCAUCGGAAAGAGCCUGCACCAUCCCAACAUUGUCGAGACCGUCCGGCUCUGCUCAGAUCACGGACGCUGGAACCACGUCAUGGAAUACUGCUCCGAGGGUGACCUGUUUAGCCUUGUGCAAAAGGGCCAUCUGAAGGGUGAGGCCAAGCUUAAGGACCGCCUAUGCCUCUUCAAGCAGCUCAUCCAGGGCGUCAACUACCUGCACGCCAACGGCAUCGCCCAUCGUGACAUCAAGCUCGAGAAUCUGCUCAUCACAAAGGACAGCAAGUUGAAAAUCACCGACUUUGGCGUUUCCGAAGUCUUUUGCGGCACCCACCCCGGCCUUCGCGAAUCCGGCGGCCAAUGUGGUAAGAACAUGGGCGAGAUCCGGCUCUGCCGCCCGGGCAUCUGUGGCAGCGAGCCCUAUAUUGCGCCCGAAGUGCUGUUGAAGAACGCAGACUACGACCCGCGAGCCUUGGACGUGUGGAGCGCAGCCAUUGUCAUGAUUUACAUGACCUUUGGCGGUGCCAUUUGGUCCAGGGCCGAGGCCGGCAACCUGCACUACGACAAGCUAGUCACGGGCUGGAUCAAGUGGAACAAGAAGCACGAGCAAGAAGAGGACGCUGGCAUUACGGAUACCGACUAUCCCAACUGUUACGCUCUCGAUGUCGGUGUGAAUCCUCCGGCCCUGCGACGCAUUCUGCUACAGAUGCUCAACCCUAACCCCAACAGCCGGAUCAGCGUCUACGAAGUCAUCACCAAUCGUUGGGUCAAGAAUAUCGAGUGUUGCCAACUCGAGUCGUACGAUGAUCCCAAGGUUGUGAUCGAUGUGACCAAGAAGGAUUACGGCGGCAAGGGCGGAAGCAAGAUCUUCUGCCAUAACCAUCUUCCACCAAAGUCCCAUGGCUCUCACUCGCUGGGUAAGAUGCCUGGUCAACCUGGCUACUAA